AUGUCACAGAAUCCAAAUCGACCUUCCUCAUCAGAGUUGAUGGAACUCCAUGUUUUUUAUGUUCCUGAAGGAUCAUGGAAUUAUAAGUUAAAUACCAUUUCAAAAGAUGUGGUUAACAGAUUCAUUUCAGCUGGAUUUAUAAGAGUGUCUCCUCAGCUUACUUUACAAGCCCUGAGGGAGCGUCUUGGUGAGUUCCUUGGUGAAGAAGCUGUUGCAGAAAAAUUUUUAUUCCUGAAAUGUAUAGGAAAUAAUCUCGCUGUGGUGAAAGCAAAGCAAGAAUCAGAACUGAAACUCAAAUCAUUUGCUCCUCCCUAUGCUCUUCAACCAGAAUUAUAUUUGCUUCCCAUAAUGGACCAUUUAGGGAAUAUUUAUUCAGCCUCGUCAGUGGUUACAUUCGACUGGCAGCAAACCGGUAACACCGUUACUGGGGAAAAUGGAACAGCCCACAGACCAGUCAGUGUGAUUUUGUCAAAGGAAGAAUCUGGAAGAGAUUCCCAUUUGUUAGCGAACACUUUGAAAGAGCUUCUUAACAAGAGUCCAACAGCUGGGGAGAAACCCGCGCCACAGGAAAGCCAGACUCGGGGAGACCGCAGGAGACACUCGCAACUGCUGGGACCAUCGCAAUACUCGCACAAUGAUUACUUUAGCCAUGGAAAAAGUCAGAGUCCCUGGGAAAGUGAAGAGGACAUAGCUAGUGUCAGUAGAAGAAAGCAUAACCAGACAGGUGGAAAUGAAUGUGCGGCCCUGCCAGAUAGUAUUGAUUUUCCCUCAUUCCCUUGUCAACAUGCUCUUUCUUCGGGCAUAAUUGACAUCUCUUCACUCCAAUGUGAGAGGGAGAAUAUUCUUGAGCAACUAAGACAAGUUAGGGAAGAAAGAAGAUAUCUGGAAAAAAUUAGAGAACAACUAAUAAAAAGAGUUGAAAAGCUACCUGAACAAAGCAAAUUGAAGCAACAUAAUGCUGGUGAGAGUUGGAAGAAAAAAUACUUAGAAACAAAGAAAGUCACAUUAUCAUUGGAGGAGGUUUUAACAAAACUUCGAGAAGAUUUGGAACUUUACUAUAAAAAAUUACUCAUGCAACUUGAAGCCAGAGAGAUCAAGAUGAGACCAAAGAACUUGGCAAAUAUCACUGACUCCAAGAAUUACCUUAUAAUCCAGAUCACUGAAGUACAGCAUGCGAUUGACCAGCUUAAGAGAAAAUUGGAUACAGACAAAAUGAAACUCAUAAUAGAAGUUAAGAUGCGAAAACAAGCAGUUUCAGAGUUACGCACACUGAAAGCUGAGCUGGCACAGAAGAAAAUGAGCACCUCUUUGCCAUGCCAAAUAGUGCCUCCAAAUGUACCCAGUUAAUGCUUCAACAAAUGAUCCCAUCUCUUUGUGUAUCAGCUGAAUCACAAGGGAGCAUCGGCUGCUGCAACAUUGACCCGACUGUGUAACAUAAGGCACCCGGAAGACCAAGUCAGAAGCUGCUAUAGUUCCAGUAUAAUUAUAGCACGUCAUGAGAUUGUUCUUGGGAGACCAAAUUACACUAAAGAGUACCUUGGAAACAGACAUAUGAUUUUGAUAGCAUGAUCAAAUCUGCCUAUCAGGCUGUAUACUUAAUCGAUUAUGUUAUUUUGCCUCAGACAUCACAAUGAGAAAGCACUGCUUUGCUCACAGCAUCUGGACUUUGAGGUGUGGCAUGUCAAGAACCAGAGCAAUUCUGAGUGCUAUUUCUUCCACACUAGACUGACUGAGAUAGAACUUUGGAUGUACGAUGACCAGGACCAAGGGACUCUAUAAAAAUGGUGUUUCAAUCUCAAGAGGCCAUGCUGUAACUUAACUGAUUGAAGUUAUCAAAUUUGAUGGCAAUAGCCUAUGGUGGGCCACCUGAGCAACUGGAAAGUCAAGUGAUGCUAAAAAUUUAAAAACAAAUAAGUUUUAUAGACAAUUGUACCAGCUAAACAGGUCAUCUGUUGGUGCAAGCUGUCUGGCCUG